AUGUCCUACACGGCAGAUGAACAGUGUCAGAUCCUCUUCGGUGCCACCGCCUCCCACUGUCAGAACAUGCAGGUGAGUGAAGCACUGGGAAAUGAGAGUGAACUGCAUCGCUGCAUCAGAAAUGCAGCAACGUUUUUUUUCGAAGGGUGCAUUCACACUGAGCAGCACAGCGUAAAAUGGCGGCGCCAAAUGAAUGUAUUUCAAUGGGGAAGGUGCAUUGGGGUGGUGGAGGGAACGUGCAUCAGUUUGCUUGAGGUUGCAGCACACCAAGCACUGCCUUUAGUCUUUAGCCAGAGUCCCUUGUCUUGAGAGAAACCAACUGCUGUCUGCUAACCCUCCCUACACACUCCAUUAAAAACCACUCAACCUUAAAGCCACACCACACCAAACCAGAGAAACGUUAACAGGCUUGUCGUCAUUAGCAGACCACCUAUAGACCUCUAACCCAAUAGAGGAAUAGAUAAUAGUAGAUUAAUAAACAUUGCCAAUAAUAGUCCCAGUCAAUGACUCCACCGCUUCAAAAAUGAUUAAUUAAUUAAAAUCUGUUAUAGAGAUAGGGGGAAGAGAUGGAGAGGUUGAGGGAGAGAGAGAAUUGAGAAAACAGGCUGUCUUUUGGGUGAAAGAAAUGGUGUUGAAUAAUUUAUAAUGACUUUACACAUCAACUACAGUUUUUUCCAUGCUGCUCGCAAAUAAAUAAGAAGUGUUGCAUGCUCACACGUUAAAACACAGUGGAGUGGCUGUGUGUGUGUGUGUGCAUAUUUCUGUGUCCUACGUUUUGAUUUUUUUAAUCAUAAUUAAUAGAUUAUAUCGACAGGGGAAACUGAUUCUAGAUCAGAACUCCUACUCUGAGACGCUUUAUGAAUACAGACCUGGGUUCAAAUAGUAUUUGCCAUAAUGACGUGAAAUGCCCUCAAUAGGAAGCCAUAGUGACGUGAAGUGCCCUCAAUAGCAAGCCAUAGUGAUGUAAAAUGCCCUCAAUCGGAAGUCACUACUUUGCCAGGUUAGCGGAGAGUGACUCAAUAGAGAACGUUCCUGUGUGUGUGUGUGUGUGUGUGUGUGCAUGCACGUGUGUGUGUCGUAGGUCCAAGGCCAGUAGUUGUAUCCUCCAGACCGACCCGCUGAGCUUGAACUCAGUGAUCCUGCCAUUCAAACACCCAGGGAUGUCCUACACGGCAGAUGAACAGUGUCAGAUCCUCUUCGGUGCCACCGCCUCCCACUGUCAGAACAUGCAGGUGAGUGAAGCACUGGGAAAUGAGAGUGAACUGCAUCGCUGCAUCAGAAAUGCAGCAACGUUUUUUUUCGAAGGGUGCAUUCACACUGAGCAGCACAGCGUAAAAUGGCGGCGCCAAAUGAAUGUAUUUCAAUGGGGAAGGUGCAUUGGGGUGGUGGAGGGAACGUGCAUCAGUUUGCUUGAGGUUGCAGCACACCAAGCACUGCCUUUAGUCUUUAGCCAGAGUCCCUUGUCUUGAGAGAAACCAACUGCUGUCUGCUAACCCUCCCUACACACUCCAUUAAAAACCACUCAACCUUAAAGCCACACCACACCAAACCAGAGAAACGUUAACAGGCUUGUCGUCAUUAGCAGACCACCUAUAGACCUCUAACCCAAUAGAGGAUAAUAGAUAAUAGUAGAUUAAUAAACAUUGCCAAUAAUAGUCCAGUCAAUGACUCCACCGCUUCAAAAAUGAUUAAUUAGGCCUAUUUUGGCCUUAUACAAAUAAAGAUAAAUUUAGAACAAUACAUGAGCAGCUGUACCAAUAGUCGUUGAUGGAAGUUGGAACGCCCACCCACAGGUGCAGGUACAGUAUAAUAGAGUUGACUGCCUGUAACUUAGCGGCGCCGCUUUGAAGUUGUACACUAAGGAAACAAAGCAUGACCACAUGACAUAUGUAGUACUAUUUUGACCAUGUAUACGUUAAGAAACCCCCCCAUUAUUUUUAACAUCCCUGUUAGGUACUUAGUGAUAACAUGGUAAAUGUUUCUACAUUAUUAACAAUUUGAAAAUACCCAUCAUCUUGUACUCCAAUUAAUGUCAAAUGGGUCAAGUCCACUUAUACAGUAAGUCAAGCGUUGUAAACUUCGAUUCACUUCCUGACUCGACAAGGAGUUGUCCCCAAAUUUAAUGACUACACACAGAAAAUAGCCUGGCUGUGUUUUAAGGAAACUAGAUAAAGCUACUAUUCAUUCCAAUUCUCAUUUCAUCAGUACCAUCUGUGGUCGUUUGAACCUAGUGGACUCUCUCUAUCCCUCCCCCAAUCUCUCACUCUUGGGUUCCUAUUCUCCCAUUUGAUUGCAUGCCGUUUGAUUCAGAAUCGUGUCCAGUUGUCCACCAUUGAUGAGCUGUUGCUUUUCUUAGAGGAUUAUGGUCCUAAUGUGAUAGAAUUCAGUCAUGUUUCUCGAUCUCUUUAUCCAUCUCAGUCAGCUACUCCACAAACCAGGGCCAGUGCUUAUAAAGCAUCUCAGAGUAGGAGUGCUGAUCUAGGAUCAGUUUUGCCUUUAAUGUCAUAAUGAGUAAGGUUACAUGACCUCCCGCUGCUUCUUUAACAGAGACAUUGCACAAUAAACAACAACUGUCAAUAUAGAUGUCAAAGUGUCUGGGUGUAAGCUAGACAGCUAUAUAUUUCACCUAUUGUUUUGUAGGGGUCAUCAACAUGAGUCAUUCAUCUUGGUUGAUGAGAGAGAGAGAGAGAGAGAGAGAGAGAGAGAGAGAGAGAGAGAGAGAGAGAGAGAGAGAGAGAGAGAGAGAGAGAGAGAGAGAGAGAAGAGAGAGAGAGAUCUGAUCCUCGUCGAUAGAGCGAUUCCUCUCCUCUAGCCUCUCUCUCCUCUCUCUCUCUCUCUCUCUCUCUCUCUAUCUCUCUCUCUCUUCUCUUCUCCUCUCUCUCUCUCCUCUCUCUCGCUCUCUUCGCUCUCUCUCUCUCUCUCUCUCUCCUUCUAAGAAUAUCUAUUGAAUACUCUGUUCUCAGCAGAUGUACACGUAAGAUAAUCUAUCACCUGGGAAAUGGGUGGCAGGUCAUCCACAUGACUGCCUGUGUUUUAUGAUGCUGACAGAGCCACCACUGCCAAGCUUUAAUCAGUUAGGGCCCUGACACACUCCCCUGGGUGGUAGGGAGUGUGUGUGUGUGUGGAAGUGUGUGUUUGUGUGUGUGUGGAUCAGUACAGAUGUGUGUAAGUGGGCUUCCACAGAUCUGUGUGUGUGCCUACAUCUGAGUUGGUGUGUGAAGAUAGAUCAGUGUGUGCGUGCGUCUUGAGAUCCGGCAGAUUAUUCUGUUAGACGUCAACGUAGAACACAAACUAGACACUGCUGCAUUGUGGGUCUUGAUUAAAUCCUUAAAAUAUGCAAGUAAUUUACAUAAGAACAUCCUGAAAUAGGGUGCAAUCUUUUUAUAUCAGACAGAUUAUAUUUAUCUUUGCCAUGUAACCCCUACGAUCUCAUAUUUCCCCAACUGCAACACUACAAGCUCUUGUGAGUAAAUCAUCUCUCCUUUUGCCAUUCCAAGAUACACUGUGAUUUUGGACAGUGUACACAGUAUGUGGCUAAGAUGAAAAAAUAAAAAUAGUUGAGACCUUGGAAUUAUACGGUCCAACUGAUGUGCUAUUGUACAAUUUCUGCAAUGGAAAAUGGAAAAACUAAUUAUAACUUGAAACUUAGAAGCUCAGUAUCACAUAUUAACAGUUUUCUAAGAAAAGUACACAAAUACACCAGUGGACAUAUAAUUAUAUUUCCAUGGAUCCCUUAUUGACCUACUCUAAGCUUCCUGUUUUUAAUGUUAAUGUGGCCUUGUUGACAUGCUCGUGGAGUGGCCUGAUUAUUUGCUUGUUGGCAUGGGCUGGUCAGGUCAUGGUGAUUACCUGGUAAUUACCUUUGGACAGUAGGGGACUUGGAGUAUCAUGGAGUUCUGCUUUGGGUAACGCUUAGGUCUGUAUGAGGUGAACCUGCAGGCUUGUAUGUGUCUUCUUGAAUGUGUUUUAAUGGCCUCCUGCUGUGUGUGUGUGUGUGUGUGUUGGGAUCAUGUGGAAUCGGUGUGUCUGUGUUGAGUGUGACACCUGUGUAGACAAAGAUUGGACAGAUAAAUUGCAGAGACUAGAGGUCACGGCAAGGGAAGCAGUAUCACGGAGCGUGUGUCUCAAUGUUUAUGUUUAAUGCCCUUUCUGCUUGCCCAAACACUUGAACACCCUCCUCCGAAUCACAAUGAUAUCCUUUAUAUCCACUAACAGAGUAGGCUGAUGUACGUCACACACACACAGGGAUCAAAAUAGACCAAUUUCACCUAGCAUCUGACACUCAUCAUAUGACAUUCUACUCCGUGUGACUUCUCUGAUUUCAACAUGCAUCACACACACACACACACACACACACACACACACACACACUCCCAUAGGAAUGUGUGGAAUGUUUAGCUCUCCCUUAAAUCACGCUGUUCAGUGGAAUUCCUAUCCUGUGUUAUAGUGUGUGACCUGACCCUGUGACCGCCCCCUGUAGAGGAGAGACUUGUACUGUUUAUUUAAUGGACCGUCCCUUUAUGGGCCAGCUACUGCCCCGUUACCUGCCCUAUAUCACUGAACCAUUCCUUUAACAAAAAUAUAAUUUUGCCCAAGUUUUGGUUGCUUGAAGGUUAAGGGCCAGCUACUAACUUAUGACCAUUAACUGACCUAUAACCAGACUGAACUUUAAACGGCUACUUACUGCUCCUAUCACUGUACCAUCCCUUUAAGGGCCAGUAACUGCCCCAUGACCAAAUACUGUGGGAAUGUGGUUAGAAUGGUCUGUGAAGGUCAUGUUGAGUUGACAAGGUGCUGUCUCUGUACACACACACACACACACACACACACACACACACACCUUCUAGUCCGUGCCACAUUAUGCAGCCUGCAGCCUUAUUGAGUGACUGUCCUGUUUGUGGCUUUUCCACAGAGUGGCCUUUCCAACACACACAGAGCCCAGUGUGGCCAGACUGGCCCUGCUCCAGAGGCUGCCUAGAACAUUCAUCCAGCCCAGAGACUGGUUGUAAACACCAAGCACAACAACAACUGUCUUUACCCACUUCACUUUAUCCACCCCAUAACUUUUAGCCUUACAUAGCACCAAUACACAAACUACACAACAACUGUAUACCGACCCCUAAUCCACUCUUACACAAUAAUUUGACACAGACGAUUGCCUUUUACCCACCCCCAACACAGAACUACUGGUAAUAUGGCACACAGACAACUCAGCCUCUCCUAACAUAGUACUUAAAUACUAAUACAGAAAACUACCGCCUGGCUGUACUCAUUUCCUCAAUCCCUAACUCACCCCUACACAGCACCAACACCACCAACAGCCUAGAGACUUCAUUAUCCCCAAAGGGCCAUUUGUGUUGCCAAACUUCCUUCUACAGAACAAUUAAACACAAACAAGCCAACAGCUACUGUAACUGCCGUUGCAAAAUCAGACAAACAGGCUUCAGCAGUCAAGAAAAUAACUUGCCAAAUAUCAUAUCCUUCACAGUACUUCCACAGGAUGACAAAACAACAUCUUGUUUUGGGAAGGGAGUUACUGCUUUCAGUACAUGAAGGGAGUUACGGCUUUCAAUACAUGAAGGGAGUUACUGCUUUCAGUACAUGAAGGGAGUUACUGCUUUCAGUACAUGAAGGGAGUUACUGCUUUCAGUACAUGAAGGGAGUUACUGCUUUCAGUACAUGAAGGGAGUUACUGCUUUCAGUACAUGAAGGGAGUUACUGCUUUCAAUACAUGUCAAACAUUUUCUGAAAAGGUUUUCAUCUGACAGCGACAGUAUGCUAAGAAUGUGAUAUAGGAUGUGUGUGAUGGUAUGUGUGCUAAUCUUGCGUGUAUGUGCGCAAGACUGCUUGCAGGUGUGUGUGUGCAUCUGUGCAAGAGGUGAGGGGUAUAUAAUCCUGCACAGCUAGACUCUUUGUUUGAUUGACAGAUCUUCAUUUAGCUACCCCAUCCUCUCUCCACCACACACACACACACACACACACACACACAGCAUUGAAUAGAGCACCUCUUCAGGGGGUAAAAGGUGACAUUGAGAGCAGACAGACAGACAGACAGAGACAGGAGAGAGGGCUCACACAUGCCAAUUAACCAAGCCCCCCUCGUAUUAUCACCAUGGUUACCGUGCCAACCCGCAGCCACUCGAAUAUCUGUCCCAGUCUGAUGGCUAACUGCUUGUCUCUGACAGUAAACUCAUACCUAGAGGCACACACACACACACACAGGGCCUGUCUAACUUGGGGUAUUUGCGCAAAAUUAUUAUUAUCUGGCUAAUAAUGGGGGCCUCAAGGGAAAAAAAAUGGGCCGGUGUGGGGGCCUCAAGAAAAAAUUUAUGGGCUAGGGUGUUAGAAAUGCCAGGGGUGUUAGACGUGUAAGCUGCUGUCAAAGCCACAUGACGUGUGCAACGAUGUCAUCAAGGCAAAGGGUGGCUACUUUGAAGAAUCUCAAAUAUAAAAUAUAUUUUGAUUUGUUUAACACUUUUUGGGUUACUACAUGAUUCCAUAUGUGUUAUUUCAUAGUUUUGAUGUCUUCACUAUUAUUCUACAAUGUACAAAAUAGUAAAAAAAACAAAAAAACAUUGAAUGAGUAGGUGUGUCCAAACUUUUGACUGGUACUGUAUACAAGCUCCCAGUAAUUUAUUGGUUAAACCACCAACGUUUCGGCAUCACUGAGCCUUCUUCAGGGCACACUUCUUCAUUACCCUGAAGAAUGCACAGUGAUGCCGAAACGCUGGUUGUUUACCCAAUAAAUGACAGGGAGCUUGUGUAUAGAGUGUGCAACUCUCUUAAUUUAUUUUUUAUAGCUUACUAUUUACUCGCCGUUAGUCAGCACCUCUACUGACUUUUUGGGGUGUGCACCAGCUCAUGCUUUUUAUUACACUUUUAUAUAGAGAGAGACACACACACACACACACAUUAUCUGUAUCUUUCACACGGACAGAGAGGUAAAUGUAUAUUCCUGCUACACACAAACACGGGUGCACGCACACACGCAAUGGCUCCUUUUUACAUGGUGCUGUAAUUAGUAGCAAAGUUAAUUAGACACAGAAACCAGAGUGAGGAAUUGUCCUGCUGGGCUGCACUCAUCCAUCACGUCUCCAGGGAAGAUGAUCACACACAAAUGCGAGCAUGCACAAAGACAACACGCAAAAGCAUACAGCAUUCGUAUCCACACACAUGGAAACACACACACACAAACGCUCACACAUGCACACACAUUCAAGAGCACACGUGUUCCUUCUCCCCCACUAAUGUGUUCCUUCUCCCCACUAAUGUGUUCCUUCUCCCCCACUAAUGUGUUCCUUCUCCCCCACUAAUGUGUUCCUUCUCCCCCACUAAUGUGUUCCUUCUCCCCCACUAAUGUGUUCCUUCUCCCCAUUCCAGCCACUCAUCUUUCUCUUUCUCUCUCUCUCUGACACACACACACACACACACACACACACACACACACACACACAAACACAAAGCCCUCAGUAGCAUGUCAAUUCCAGUGUGCGGUAAAACAUAAACGUCUGGCAGAGAGCAUUUCUCUUUCAGCUUUCAGUGGCCUUCUCUAGCUAAUAGCACCUCUUCAGAUGUGGCACUUCAAUCAGACAGACACAGACACAAACACAUCCUUGUAACGAUAUCCCAACAACACCGCUCCCUCCCUCUUUUUUCUCAACCCGUCUAGCUGUCUUUCUUUCGAACAAGGUGAGCGAGACCGUGACGUCCGGCUCUUCAAACUACUUCCCCCUCAUAAGCAUACAGCACCGUUCUUCAGAUUUGUUUGCUAGCCUCCGGUUUACCUUGCUGAACCCAACUCUGGUCUGGUCCAUGCCUAGAAUUCAGAAGCGCUGCUUUGGGACUCGGUGAGGGGGGUAGACAGAAGUGACUCUCCUAGUUCUUUCCUCUUUCUUACUUUCUCUUUACAAGCCCCCUGACAGACAUUGAAAUAGGACGGGGUGAUGCAUCAGGAGAGCGUGCCCAAACAGAUCUGGUUAAGAUUAGCAAACACGCACACACACACGAGCACAUGCAAACACACAUGGCCGUUAACAGCUAGCGCAGUACAAACAGCUAGAACAGUAGAAAACAAAAAGCCUUGUUAAAACUGCAGGAAGAGUGGAGAAUAAACAGAAGAAACGAGAGCGAACAGCGAGAGAGAGGAGAGAGAGAGAGAGAGAGAGAGAGAGAGAGAGAGAAGAGAUAGAGCGAGAGCGAGAGAGAGACGUAGAGAGAGGGCGAGGAGAGAGAGAGAUCGAUGAGAGAGCGAGAGAGCUCAGAUAUCGUAUCUCUCUCUCUCUCCUCUCUCCUCUAUCUCUCUCUAUCUCUCUCUCUCUCUCUCCUCUCUCUCUCUCUCAUCAGAGGGUCAGGGUGAUAGGAGCAGAGACUCAAAUGGAAUCAGGUGCGGCACAGCGUGGGGAUGGCGAGGCGUGA